AUGAAAAAUCAAAUUUAUAAGCCGGUUCAAAGUAAUGGACACAAGGCUUCGAAUAAAACGAAAGACUAUAGGAACGACCAAACUUUUGACGAGGAGACUUCAGAUUCCCGCUGUGGGGUUUCGUUCGUAAAUCCAGCGCUUCUGCAGCCUUGUGCAAACAUUGGAGUCUUCUCACUGUUCUUCAGCUUGGCAGCGCUAACGACGUCAACACUGUCCACUUACGUCACUUCCCAGGUCACAACCCUGGAGAGACAGUUCGGCUUUACCUCUCACCAGACGGGCAUUAUAAUGGCGGCAAACGACAUCGGCUAUCUCGUCUGCGUGCUGUUUGUGAGUUACUCCGCCUCUAGGCUACAUAUUCCAAGGUCACUAGGAAUAGCAACUGUGUUGUUUGGAGUGUCUGGCUUGGCCUGUUCGCUUCCGCACUUCAUAUUUGGGGCACCUUCAGCCGGUGAUCUGAGCUCCGACACACUCAAUGUGACGUUAUCAUUGGCUUCCGUUCCGAAGAAGUCUUCCAUGUUUGGAGCUUUGUGUGACCCCAGCAAUUCUACCAGUGAUUCCUGUGAAGCUCUAGCAGGUACCACAAGAUCAUCCAGUUCCCUAUUUACGGCGCCCGAAAAAGUGGCCAAGGCCUCUCUGGUUAUCAUUGUCAUCGGUAUGAUGAUUCAGGGCUUUGGCAAAGCUCCAAGAACGUCGCUCACUGUGACCUAUAUCGAUGACAAUACGUCCAAUGUGAACACAGGCUUUUAUAUGGGCAUAAUCGCCACACUGGGUCACCUAGGACCAGCGGUUGCUUUCCUGAUGGGAGGUGUGUUUAGCAAGAUGUACGUCACCUUACAACCCACGAACCUGACGCCUUACCACCCCAGAUGGAUCGGAGCAUGGUGGCUCGGAUACGUGUUGUUCGGUACUCUAGCCUUGUUCGUCUCCCUGCCACUCUUCUGCUUUCCUCAUCGGUUACCUGGACAGGAUUUCCUGACAACCAUUUGUGGCCUGCUGAUCAACCCUGUCUACAUGUGCUUGGUGAUCUCCAGCUGCUUCCUAGUCUUCACAAUGGGAGGAACUUCAUCCUACAUCCCCAAAUAUUUGGAGAGGAUGUUCCACCUGCCGGCGCACACUGCUAACUAUAUCAUAGCGGGACAAGUGUUAUGUGCCGGCACUCUGGGCACUUUCGUCGGGGGCUAUCUGUCUAAACGGAUGACGAUGACGGCAAUGAAAGCCUUGAAGUUUGUUAUCGUUGUGGUCACAAUCGCCUUCGCCUGUCAGCUCUUGGGCUUCGCUUUCCAAUGUGAGCAGCCGAAAGUUCACAACUGGCCUGGAGAAGACAGUUCAUGCAGCAGUGAAUGUAACUGUCAGGACAACAGUUAUUUUCCAAUUUGUGGAGGGGACGGACUGACGUACUACUCACCUUGUCAUGCUGGAUGUGGUCAAAUGCAGAACAGGAUAUACCAGAAUUGCACAUGCAUUCCCGGGGGACUGGCUUAUAGCGGCACCUGCGACUACUCGUGUGGGCAUCUCUACCCAUAUGUGGCCGUGAUGGGCGUCAGGUCUUUGUUUGGAUCCCUGUCAAUGAUACCUAAAAUGGUUCUUUUCAUCAGGUGUGUCUCCCACAAGGACCGAGCGUUGGCUUUAGGAUUCUCAUCCUUCUUGAUGUCAUUAUUAGGCUGGCUUUUAGGACCCAUCGUCUUCGGCAAUGUCAUCGAUGGCAUCUGUACAAUUUGGGACGUCACGUGUGAAGUUCAAGGCCGGUGUCUCCGGUACGAUAACUCUCUCUUUAGACUGAAGAUUCACGGCUUCGGUGCUGUAGGCGUGGCAUGUUCCCUUGCCUGCAUUGUCGUAGCCUAUGUUUAUGCAAGGUGGACCCGAUGUCUGGACGAACCUCAGGGCGCCAAAGGUCAAAUCAAAGAAACCACGGCAGCAAUCAUUUUGAUGGGGACACUUGACGAUGUGACGCAGGAACAAAAUGCUCAAGAUACAACUGAGAGGGGAAGAGAGAGUCCGGAAAAUGUGAACUAUAGAACAACGACUAAUAAUGUUUGA